AUGAAGCUUAUCGACGCCAUGGGCUAUGCAGUUGGCGUUUGCGCUUCACUGAACGGUGUUUGCCAUCCGUUCAUUUUUGCAUUCGCGCAUCGUGAUUUCAAAGAAGUCUUGCAGCGCCGGGGUGGCUUAAUCCAGAAAAUAUCGGCAACUAGCUCACACUUCACCAAUGGAAGAGCUCCAACCAUUAUUGGCAACAUUCCUGGUAAUAGAGGUCAACUGGGAGCACCAUCGAUGGUAGUCUGUCCUUCACACCUUCAAACCUCAGUUGCUAGCAACUUAAAUCUUGCUCCACUGUCGGAAAGAACCAAAAAAAGCAUUUUCACCCACAACUUGUAUAACAGCUCAUAG